AGACCACCUGAUUAUCUUUCUCAUUUCCAUCAUUGAGGAUUUAAUAAAAGAGUAGGUGGGCAAAAGAGGUUUUUGAUCUGAUUAAGCGAACUGCUUAUAUUCUUACUUGGAAUGGAAUCAGGGUCUCUCUCUUUUAACACCAAAAAUGCUAUUGUUUUUUCCUUGACUUCUUUUCGAAGCAAACAUUGGAUAAUUCUAUUUUAGAAACUUCAUUGUUACUUUUCUAUCCAGUGAUAAUAUAGGAGCUAGUUGUCUUUAAUUAAAUAAAUUUCCCUUUAAGGAGUUGUAUCUUCCUAUCCUUCAUAUUGUAGUAUCCUGUUAUUAGAAAAGUGCUAUUUUAUGCCUUGAUCCAUACCUUAUUAGUACUUCUACUGUGACUGCAACUGUUUUAUGAAUAUGAUUUUGCAUCUGCAAUGAUUACCUGUUGGAUAGUAUUAUUUGUUAUAUUUUAUAAAUUACAUUAAAAGAACAGACGCUGAACAUUUUCCUGGUGUCUAACAGAUAUGCAUAAUAACUUAUGUAAUUCCUGACUAGCAAAUUAAUUAAUACCAGCAAAUCUAUCCUCCUGCUUUACAAAAAGCAGACUAUCAUACUCUGAAUUAUUUGCAAAUCUUAAACAUUUUUUCUGAAGUAUGUUAACUUCUUUCUGUCCUUCCACUAUGGUGCAAUUAAUUUUUUUCCAGUGUGAUACAUUAAAUAGUCAAUCAUUCUUUGCUCUCUCCCCUCUGUCCUGCCCCGCCCCCCAGAAAACGUGACUUUCUCCAUUGCAAGGAAAUACAUUGUAAGGUAUCAGCACUUUUCAGAAUCCAUCAGAGUUACAAAGCACAAUAUCUAGGAUGGUCCAAAGUGACUUGAGAAUUGGCAACACUUUCCCCCUCAAGCUAGAAGUUUGACAUUUCAGUGAUCAAUAGACAAGUAUACUCAACUGUGUUUUAAUCUCUUCUCUAGGGAUCAUCAGUAUGUCAGCUAACAACAAUAGGAGCAACUGUUAUACUACUGUAUUCCUCAAGAGCCUGUUACAACCUGGUUAUUUUAUCAUUUUCUCCCAGCAAAGCAAUGAACUCUUUUGAUUAUGAUUGGUACAAUGUGUCUGAUCAGGCAGAUCUGAAAUGCCAGCUGGGUGAUGCUGGGUAUGUAGUAUUUGGAAUAAUCCUGUUUGUGUGGGAACUUCUCCCCACUUCCUUAGUGGUGUUUUUCUUCCGUGUUCGAAACCCUACAAAAGACCUAACAAAUCCAGGAAUAGUACCAACUCAUGCGUUUAAUCCAAGAUCUUAUUUCUUUGACAAUCCUCGCAGAUAUGACAGUGAUGAUGAUUUGGCAUGGAGCAUAUCACCACACAGCAUAUAUGGCAGCUUCUCUCCUGAAUCCUAUGACUGGGGAUAUAUAAAUAACAGUUUCAUGGUUCAAGUUGGAUCCUUGCAGCAUGAUUUCAUAUCAGAGUCUGAACGACCAAGCCCAGUGUAACAACAGACCAAUGAUACUCCCUCUCCUUUAUUCAACUUUAGUAAGAAGUUACUUUGAAAAGACUUACAUACUUAAAUUUUGCACAAAAGAACUGAGUCUCCUUUUAUAAUAAAUGUUAAAUAUUUGAAUUUUAAAGAUUUGAGCUGCAA